CGGGUGAAAUUGGCUUGAGAUGAAGUUUGUCCGUAUUGGGCUGCCGUCCAAGCACCAGCUGCUUCGCUUUGUGUCACUCAGGCAGACUCUAGCAUUAGCGCUGGAGACGAUGAAAAUCACAGCUUGAAUGGAGGUGGAGGCUACGCAAGCUGCUUUGGCGACGUGGACUUGAAAACAGCAGAAACAAGGAGGCAGCGUGCUAAGAAAAAAAAGGUCCGGGGUCUUUUAUGACGCUGAGUCACAUCGUCUGCAUUGGGAGACAAACCAUACCCCCCGUGUCAUGAGGUUGUGAGAACUGCUGGGGACAGCCAUGACGGAGCUGGACAUCGACCAGUCUCACCUGCCCCGAGUCCAAGAAGUCUGUCAGUGCUUCGCAGUGCUGGAGGACGGGGCCUUGGCUCAUAACCUGCAGGAGCAGGAGAUUGAGCAGUACUACAACUCCAACGUGCAGAAGAACCAGCUGGUCCAGAAUGACAUCCGGAUCGCCAGGAGGCUGCAGGACGAGGAAGAUCAGCAGGCCCGGCUCAGCCAGGCCUCGCGCCAACUGGAGGAGCAGGACUCCGAGUACGCUCGGAUGAUUCAGGAGGAGAUUGAGAGACGCGCGGAGGAGGAGGCUCGCAGGAGGGAGGAAGAGGAUGAGGAAAUGGCAAAGCGGCUGCAGGAAGAAGAAGAGAUGGAGAUCAGGAGGCAGAGGCCUGACAGCGGCUGCCAUGGCGACACCAGUGACUUCACUCUCACUGAAGAGUAUGCCAGUGUACCCGCGCCGCCCUAUUCUCCUCGGCCUGCCCACGCCACCACCAGCCCCAGCCCUAGCCCCAGCCCCAGCUCCAGAUCCAGCGAGGAAGAAGGGGAGACUCACCGGCCUCCUGCCAGCAGGGGGCGAUCUUCUGUCUCUGACACUGACUCUGACUAUGCAGAGCCUCCUCCUGAGCCCCGGAACCAUGCUCCCCCGAACAACAUGGCCCCAUGCCAGGCUGACAGACAGACCGAUGCCCUGAGACUGAUUAGAAACCUACUUAAAGAGUCCUUAGGCCCCAGCUAUUGCUUUGACGAUGAGGUCUUCCUUAGACACCCUUCUAUGCCAGCUCACAGACUGCAGAAGCGGCUUAAUACUGCCCCCCCUGCUUACCAGGUCCUUGAUUACCACGCGCAGGGAAAUGGGCACCACAGUUUCCAUGGCAACGUCAGAGCAGGGGAAAGGGACAGCCGGGAAGAGAGGGUCAUGGGUUCAGGGAGGAGCAACAGAAGUAGGGACGAGAGAUUGCGUAGCAACAGUUACCAUGGAGAUUUAAGAUGGGAAGCGGGAGGAGCCGAAGAUUAUCGUGGCAGUGCUCAAGACAGAGUCCGCAGGUGGACAUACAGAGAGGGAGGGGGGGCCAGGGAGAGGCGUGUCCACUUCCAAGAUCAGGGGAGACGCUACAACAGUUACCAUGGCGACAGCAGGAGACCAGCAGCAACAGGCAGCCAUGAUAAUUUCGGGGACAGGGGUGUGGCGGCAAGGCGCAGCUGCCGUGGUGACUUCAGGCAGGUGACAGGUGGCAGCAGAGGCUACCACGACAAUUACAGGAGCGGAGAAGACGGUGGCCGUCACCACGGUCAGUUCCUACAGAGGAACGUGUCUGCAAGGCGCAGUUACCAUGGAGACUUCAGGGGCAGAAGGAGAGAUUCGAACAGAGAUGAUCAUAGAGGGUAUGAUGAAGGGAGCAGCCAAAGUGGGCACAGGGUGAGCUACCGCGAAAACGGUACGAUCCAGACAAUCCAGGAGGACAGGGUUUACCAGCGGGGCGGUCACCGUGACGAUCGUGGCCACGGAGACAGGAGGGAAUGGGAGGGAAGGGGACACAGGAGCAGAAUGGGGAGAGAGGAGGAGGAGGAGGAGGAGGGCGGGGCUGACGGACGUCACCGUGGCGAGCGGAGGGUGAGGCGAAGCGUGAGCGAGCGCUGGCGGGGGCACGAGGAGGAGGAGCCUGGCUGGGAGGAGGAAGGGGGAUUGAGGGAGGAGAGACGGCGGAGCGAAGGAGUCCGGCGCUGUGUCAGCUUCUCCAGUCGCACGGCGCCCCCCGGUGGUGGACACAGGGGAGCAGGGGCGGCGCCGCGGCAGGACGGGGGCUGCCUGGAACUCGGGGAGCUGGAGCAGGUGCUGCGGGACGAGGAGCUGGCCCGCAGGCUGCAGGAGGAAGAGGAACGACUGCUCAGGAAGAGCCCGCGGUCCUCGUCCGGCCCGCGGUCCUCGUCCGGCCCUCGGAACUCCGGCGCCAGGGAAGACUUCAGAGCAGCUCAGGUGGCACAGGAUGAGGAGAUAGCCCGCUUCAUGCAGAGGCAGGAGAGGAGGUCCCAGCACCAGUCAUGUGACGUGGAAGGUCAGGGGUCACAGUGGAGCCACAGAGAACCAGGCGAUGCCCAGGAGAGAAGAUCUGCUCGGGAGAGGAGGCAGGUGGAGCUGCCCCGGACACCUCGCGAGAGGCUGGACUCAGAGGGACUCAACUCACCAGGAGAGGACCUGUCCCCAGACUGCCAGCCCCCCAGCCCCAACUGCACCUCACCGUGA